GGUCGCGAAACCCUCGCAGAAGCCCUGGCGAGCUGUGUUGAUUGUCUCUAGGGAAUACGUCUGCUGUUCAAAUUUUGCGACUUAUCUGCUCACCAUUUUGAACAAAAAAGCCGGAGUUCGGAAAUUCGCGAGAGAUUGGAAAUUUUGCCUGCCUCCAAGGCCAAAUUUCCAAGGUACCCCAAAAACCGUCUACAUCGACUCUAGACUGCAUGGCAUGGUCCAUGUAGACGGUCAAAAAGUGGCCCUGACCAACAAAAAACCCCAGAAAAACCGUCUACAUCGCAUCUAGACUGCGCGCUAUGGUCGAUUCAGGGGCUCCAAAAGGGUCACCAAUCCCGGGACCCCGUUUUGGAAGGGCUGCGUCGACCAUAGCAGGCAGUCUAGAUGUUUUGCCAAAUCUUCCUAGAUGUAGAUUCAAAUGUUUUGCCAAAUCUUCCUUUCGCGGGCAAGGAUUCGGCCGUGGCGGAUGAUAGAAGACAAAAACAUACAAGAUUCCUCGUCCUGGAUGUACUUCGAGUAAGGAAUGUAUAAAUCAAACGCGAGAUCCACCUGAUCCC